UUGCAGAGCUCUCUCCCUUAGUCGCCGCUUCCUCUUUUGCGUGUUUCGAGUCUCUGCAGGUCCCUCUGCCCCGCUACUCUCUGCUUUCUCUUCUCAAGUCGCCGAGUGCUUCAAGCCACUCACUGAUUCGGAAUUAUCUCAUUCAGUCGAAAUACUCUUCCUACUUGUCGGUUCUCAGCGCCAUCCACUGCUUCCAGAUUCUAGGCUAGACUGUCGCUACUAGGGGGCUGUAUCAGUUUUAGUUUCUGUUUCAGGCGAAGUUCGAGAUGUGGAGGUCGGCUUUUGCAAGACAAGCCUUUCAGAACCUCAAUGCUUCCAGAACCCGAAUCCCUAAGGUGAUGGCGGCUCUCUCUAACUCAGUUGAUAUAGUUCAAUCUUCUCAUUUAUCUGCACGGUACCUUCGAUUCUUUUCCCAGCAUUCAGCUGAACACUCUCAAUUUGAAAAGCAAAUCACUGAUUCUGCCAAGGAGGGGUUCGUGCAUGAGGUUCCAUUUCAUUUUUCUGAGGGUAUUGAUGAACAUGAUGGUGCUCAGAUGGGCAAUGAUGCCCCUUUGGAUAAUGAGCCUCCCGAGGAAUCUCUUGAAGAAACCGUGGGUUUGCAUAUGGACAUUUCUACUUCUGGUUUUGACCAGCACAGGGAAGAGGAGGGGAAAGAAGAGGUUUACGAGAUCGAUCAGGAGAAGUUGGAGAAUGUGUUGUCUCUUCUUCAGAGUAGUCCUAAUACGUCCCUUGAGUCAUGUCUUAGCGACAUGGAUUUAAUUCUACAUGAGAGAUUCGUGAUCAAAGUACUCCAAACACAGCUAAUUGCUGGUGACAAUCUCAUCAGAUUUUUCAGGUGGGCUUGGAAAGACAAAUCGUUUAAGGUCACCACCACUGCUGUGGAAUCUCUUGUUUUGGCUGUAUGCUCUUCUCUUAGGAAGAAGGAGAUAUAUUCCCUGUGGGAUUUAAUUAAGGAUAUCAGCGUGAAAGAGGAUGGGGUGUUGAAUGUGGAAAUUCUCAAUAAAUUGAUAGCUACCUUCUCAAAAUUGGGCAAAGGGAAAGCUGCGUUUGACGUCUUCAAUAGUUUUGGGGAACUCGGGUGUGUGCCAAAUGCAGACACCUAUUACUUCACUGUCGAAGCUCUUUGCAGGCGAUCAUUUUUUGGUUGGGCUUGGUCUGUGUGUCAAAAAAUGCUUGAUGCUAACAGCUUGCCUACUGGUGGUGAGAAAGUUGGUAAGAUUAUAUCUUGGUUUUGCAAGGGGAGAAAUGCUAAAGCUGCCCAUACAGUAUAUGUUGCAGCAAGAGAAGAAAAGAUGCACAUUCCGACAUCUUCUAUUAAUUUUUUGAUUGGUCAACUUUGUCAAGAAAAUGAAACUGUACAAUUAGCUUUGGAGAUGUUAGAGGACGGUAUUGGAGAAGAUAAGAAAUAUGCAGUAAAGCCAUAUUCAGCUGUUGUUCAGGCCCUAUGCAGAAUCAAAGAUGUUGAUGUGGCCAAGCAACUGGUCUUAAGAAUGGUUGCAGAAGGUCCACCCCCUGGGAAUGCUGUUUUCAAUUAUGUUAUUACAGGAUAUUCCAAAAUUGGGAAAAUGGAACAGGCAUUGGAGAUGAUGAAACUAAUGCAAACUAGAGGCUUAAGACCAGAUGUAUAUACUUAUACUGUUCUUAUAAGUGCCUAUGUAAAUGGUGGUGAGAUCGAACAAGCUCAGAAAGUCUUCACAGAAGCCAAAAAGAAGUAUUCAGAGUUGAGCCCUGUAACUUACCAUACUCUAAUACGGGGAUAUUGCAAACUAGAGAAGUUUGAUAAGGCUUUGGAGUUAUUGGCAGAGAUGAAGAACUUUGGUGUCCGUCCAACUGUUGAUGAAUAUGAAAAGUUGAUUCAGUCUUUUUGCUUGAAGGCUUUGGAUUGGCAAAUGGCAGAGAAGCUCCUUGAGGAAAUGAAAGAGAAUGGCUUAUAUCUCAAGGGUAUCACUAGGGCCCUAAUUACGGCAGUGAAGGAAAUGGAGAAAGAGGUUGUGGAGAACCAAAAAGAUAGUUUAGUGGCUUAAAAUUCCUGCUGGCUUCGGGAGGUGGCAUGAACCUAAUAUGAAAGGCCUGAGGCGUGUGUUUCUUUUCCAUUUUUUGCUGCUUUCUAACACCUAGUUACUAUUUUAAUUCUCUUCCGAUCUAAAGGCAAAAUUACUGGUAGGAUGUCAACUUAAGCUUUGAUGGUUGUAAUGUGAGGUUGGAGUCCGUUCAAUGACACAGUCGCAUACAAAAUAAAAGUGGAGGACAAGGAUUUGGAGCCAAGUAAAAAGAAGCGGGCAGAGUGAUCACUGGUCAGACCAGAAAGUUCGGUUCUGAUGUCUUCCCAAAAUAUU